AUGGUAAUAAUUCCAUCCAGGCGUCAUGCGGAAAAGAGGCAACAAGCAAGUCAACAGAAUCGCCCACAACAACGUGCUAUAAAACUGUGUCUCGCCAAAGCCGGUCUGUUUUGCGAUGCAGAGAUUUGUAGCCGACGUAUCAAGAAAUCUCGCUUCUCAAAGAAGAAAAUAUUUGGCCACUUGCGCGUUGCAGCUUCGCAAUUGUUCACUUUUUUUUUUCUCUCGUCUCAAUCCCAGUCCUCUGUUAUUCCUAUUCGUUUCAUGAACAUCACUAGUUUUGAUCCUUCAAUGGCUUCUGAGUAUUCAGGGACUUCCGUUACCCUUGAUACAAUCAAUCCCAAGGUUUUGAACUGCGAGUAUGCUGUCCGUGGAGAAAUUGUUACCCUUGCUCAGAAAUUACAACAAGAGUUGAAGGACAAUCCAGGUUCUCGUACUUUUAAUGAGGUGUCUUGUGUUUAUAAUUUGAUAGGACCCCUUGCUGCUCGUGCUCAACUCGAGGAAUUCCCCUGCAAUUGGUUCUCCUAUUGCUCUAAUGGAUCUGGCUCCUGCUACUGUGGUUGUUGCCGUGGUUACUGCUGA